UGGGUGUGAACCAUGAGAUAACCCAAAGUGGUCACUUAAAGAUGUCUGACAAUGCAGAGUCCCCAACGGAAACCCAGAAAGAAGAGACGACUUCGACGGAUCCUUCCGCGACUAGUGAUGAAAAGAAAAAAAUUGAUGUGCUGUUGAAGGCAGUGGGAGACACUCCAAUAAUGAAAAAAAAGAAGUGGGCAGUGGACAGGGGGAGGACGUUGCAGUCCCUGUCUCAGUUCAUCUCUCGCUUCCUCAAACUUGAUGCUUCGGAACAGCUGUUCAUCUAUGUCAAUCAGUCUUUUGCCCCAUCGCCAGAUCAAGAAGUUGGAAUUCUCUUUGAUUGUUUCGGCAGCGAUGGCAAACUAGUUCUACAUUACUGUAAAUCUCAAGCCUGGGGUUAAAUUCUUCAUUUUGUCUUAAUUCGUCCCAUAAAUAUACAUUUAUUGUUUCGUCCCUCCUUUUGGUACAUGAUUUAUUUAGUUUGUUUUUAUAUGUACAUGCACUGUAAAUAACUUAUUGUAAUUUUGGUUUGUUCUGGAUCAACAUUUUAUCUCCAAAAAUAAAUUGGGGCUCAGUCUUGUCGGCUUAAGAAUAA